CUCCGCGGCCCCGCGCUCCUCCCGCUGCGCAUGCGCGCGCGCGCGGGCGGACGUCUGCCCGCGACGGGGCUUGCGCACCAACAUGGCGGCCGUGGCUGAGGGCGGUGGCGGCGGCGGCGCGCCUCCGGCUCCGGCAGUGCAGCGUGCCGAGCUGGGGCCGCUGCUGGCCCUGGCCCUGAGGCCAGGGGAGUCCUGGUACCUGGUGGACAGCCGGUGGUUCAAGCAGUGGAAGAAGUACGUGGGCUUCGACUGCUGGGACAUGUUCGGCGUGGGCGAGCCCAGCCUCUUCCCCGGGCCCGUCGACAACUCGGGGCUCUUCAGUGAUCCAGAAACUCAGAGUUUAAAAGAACACCUCAUUGAUGAACUAGAUUAUGUAUUGGUUCCCACUGAAGCCUGGAAUAAAUUAGUAACCUGGUAUGGUUGCAUAGAUGGACAGGAGCCUAUUGUAAGAAAAGUAGUGGAAUAUGGUCUGUUUGUGAAGCAUUGUAAGGUCGAAGUUUAUCUUCUUGAGUUGAAACUUUGUGAGAACAGAGAUCCUGAUAAUGUGGUGAGCUGCCACUUCAGCAAAGCAGAUACUAUUGCUACCAUUGAGAAAGAAAUGAGAAAAUUAUUUAAUAUCCCAACUGAAAAGGAAACUAGGUUAUGGAACAGGUAUAUGAGUAACGCUUACGAGCAGCUCAGCAAGCUGGAUAGUACUGUGCAAGAUGCAGGGCUCUAUCAGGGUCAGAUUGUUCUAAUAGAAGUGAAGAAUGAAGAUGGAACGUGGCCUAGACAGUCUCUUCUGGCAAAAUCAAGUACUGCAACUAGCAGAAACUUUACUACCUCUUCAAAAUCAUCAGCAAGUUCUUAUUCCUCAGUGUCUGCCACUUCUGUCAUUACUAAUGGUGAUAGCAGUAACUCCUAUGGACUGAACAGCUCCCACCUGGGCAGGGGAGGUUCUGGCUUUUCCUAUAACUCUUACAACUGCAGGGACUCUGCUUCCCUGUCACAACCUGGACUUUGUGGACUCAGUAACCUUGGAAAUACCUGCUUCAUGAAUUCUGCAUUACAGUGUCUAAGCAAUACCCCACCUCUGACCGACUAUUUCCUGGAAGAUAGAUAUGAAGCUGAAAUAAAUCAGGACAAUCCUCUGGGGAUGAGAGGAGAAAUUGCAGAAGCCUACGCAGAGCUCAUUAAACAGAUUUGGUCUGGGAGACAGUCUCAUGUGGCCCCACGUAUUUUUAAAACACAGGUUGGCCGUUUUGCUCCUCAGUUUUCAGGAUAUCAGCAGCAAGAUUCCCAGGAGCUCUUGGCUUUUCUUCUAGAUGGCUUACAUGAAGAUUUGAAUAGAGUGAAGAAGAAGCCCUACUUGGAGCUGAAGGAUGCCAAUGGCAGACCUGAUUUGGUGGUGGCAAAAGAGGCCUGGGAGAAUCAUAGACUGAGAAAUGACUCUAUCAUUGUGGAUAUUUUUCAUGGCCUUUUCAAAUCUACUCUUGUUUGUCCCAAAUGCUCUAAAAUUUCUGUGACCUUUGACCCCUUCUGUUAUUUAACUCUUCCAUUGCCCUUGAGAAGAGAUCGUCUCAUGGAAGUUACUCUAGUGUAUGCAAAUCCACAGCACAGACCUGUCCAGUACCGGGUCGUGGUGCCAAUGAUGGGGGCCAUCUCAGACCUGUGUGAAUCACUCUCCAAACUAUCUGGGGUUCCUGCAGAAAAUAUGGUGGUGACAGACGUGUAUAAUCAUCGAUUCCACAAAAUCUUCCAAAUGGAUGAAGGUUUAAAUCAUAUCAUGCCAAAAGACGACAUUUUUGUAUACGAAGUUUGCAAGCCAAGUGAGGAUGGCUCAGAAUAUGUCACUCUCUCCAUUUACUUUCGGGAAAAGACAGUGAGGCAAUCCAGCAAUACUUCAGGAACUGUACUCUUUGGUCAGCCACUAUUAAUAUCUGUUCUGAAACACAAGCUCACUCUGGAUCACUUGUACACUGUGGUUUUGGAGCAGAUCAGCCGCUAUGUGAAACUCCCUUUGGCAGAAGAAUACUCUACACUGUGCCCAGACAAAGGAACCUGCAAUGGCUCCAAUGGUGUGGCUGAAGGUGAAAUUGAAGAGAUGGAACAUCAGGAUGGGGGACAGGAAGGCAAGGAAAAGCUGGCAGAAAUUGAUCCCUGCCACACUGACGGUUGUAUGCAGAUUGAAUCAACAAGAGAUCUGCAGCCUCGCAAGAAGCAGCUUUUCACUUUUAGCCUUGUGAAUUCCUAUGGGACCUCUGAGAUAAACUCAAUUGUAGAAGGGAAAAUACUAAAACUGAAUGCUUUUUCUACACUUGCUAUUGACUGGGAUUCUGAUAUGCGGAGGCUGCUUUUUGAUGAACAGGAGUCACAGGCAUUUGAAAAGCAUGGAAGUACGUUACAACCACAGAAGAAGAAGGCUGUGGUAGCCCUCAGAGACUGUAUUGAGCUCUUUACUACUAUGGAAACGCUUGGUGAACAUGAUCCUUGGUACUGCCCUAACUGCAAGAAACAUCAACAAGCCACAAAGAAGUUUGAUUUGUGGUCUUUGCCCAAGAUUCUGGUGGUGCAUUUAAAACGCUUCUCAUACAGCAGAUACUGGAGGGAUAAACUUGACACUGUUGUUGAAUUCCCCAUCAGGGGUUUAAACAUGUCCGAGUUUGUCUGUGACCCAAGAGCAGGCUCAUAUGUGUAUGACCUCAUUGCAGUUUCCAAUCAUUAUGGAGCCAUGGGAGUAGGCCACUACACUGCCUACGCAAAGAACAAAGUGAAUGAUAAGUGGUACUACUUUGAUGACAGCAGUGUAUCGGUGGCUUCAGAAGACCAAAUAGUGACAAAAGCUGCAUAUGUGCUGUUUUAUCAGCGUCGAAACAAUGAGGAACAUGCUGCCCCAUCUCCUCCACCAGAAGAGUGCGACGGCAUGGAUACCAACUAAGCCUCACCUCCAACACUUGGUCAUCGUGUUAGCAUUCGCUCUUCUAAAGCCAUGUCUGAGGCAUCUGAAAAUUUUUCUUCUUCCUUCUGUAGGAGUCAAGCAAAAAAUUUAGCACUGAAAGAUUCAGUGCUCAGGGUUGCAGAAUAGCACUGGAGAGCCAGGAAUGAGGUGUUGACACCUAGGCGUUUAGAGGCCAAAAAUAAUAUAUAUUGGAGCUUCAAUAAAGUUCUUUUUAAAAUCUGGCUGAGCUGUGUCGCUAAAGGUAGGGAUCAGGGCUGAGCUGGGUUGGGACUGUGGGACGUGGGCUGGGCUGAGGGGUGUAGCUGGGUUGGGAAGAGUGUACAGCCUGAGCUGGAGGUCAUAGAUGAAUGUUGUGAGGCCCAUGGAGUACAAGGGUUAUGAUUCUGUGAAUCUGCCUGAGAUCCUCUCAACGCUCCGGUGUUGCUCUUGGGCUCUGCUUGUUUCAGGGAGGCUGGCUGCACCCUUUUGGAAGCUCUCAGUUCAGAUCUUGAUACGUGUGGCCUGUCUGUUGCCAUCUCUGCCAUUGUACAUUGCUUCUCUUGCUAAGCAGCAUAAGUUUCUCUCAUUCUUGUGUCCUUUCAUCUGCUGAUGCACUCGAGACUCUUCUGGGCAGCUUUGACUUAGCCUUUUCCAUAUGGACACUGAACCCCUCAAAGCAGGAAGCUUCACUGGAAACAAGUCAUAUCCACCUGCAUGACUGAUGUAUGCAUCAGCUGAUCUGCAGGGUGAUUGCAGGAUACAUCCAUUUCGGCUUUGGUUCCCAUCCUUCACAGGAGAAAAUAUCAUCUGUAAAAUUGGCCACUUCUUGUCCUGUCCCGUAUCCCUCAUGCCAGCUUCCAGGCAGCUCCAUAAGCACUUCCCUGCCUCCUGUAUGUCUCUGAUGGCAGUGGAAGCUUUGUUUUUGUUCAUUUUUUUGAAGCUCUUACUCCAGCAAAGCUUGGGACUGUUGCCAGAGUUACGGAUGACAACCCAGUGCAGUGGGUUGUGUGAGUUUUCAGCCUUGGCUUUUCUCCUGCGACCUUUUUUUGUACUGCCCUUUUGGCCUUUCUCUUCCUCCCUUGAGCACUGCCCACUUAGGUCUCCCACCCAUCUUCUGCAAGGCUGCAGGUGUAAAGGUCCUGUCUGAGGUCUCCCUUUGCAGUAGCUGUUUAAUAAUUUUGCUCCAUCCUUCCAGUGCAACUGCUCUUCCUCUGUCCCCCAUUACCUGAGCUGGCUGUGGGAUUUGUAGGGCUCUAGUCCAACAUGAGUCUUGAAUCAGGACUUUUGCAGACACUAGGUCAGGUCAGUCUUCAGCAGAAAACUGGUCUGCCAUGUGAAAAAUGGGAAAAUCCAGAGUCUUAACCUAACUGUGUUUAGGAAAUAUCUGGCUCAAGGGGUGAACCAAACACUAAGAUGUUUUUCCCUGCUUGGAGCAAGAGCACUAGCAGAAGAAAAGGCUAGGGAAGACUGCCCCCCCGCCCCCGCUUUUUUUCUUUGAGGUCUGUGCUUAUAGCAACUCCGUGUCCUGCCUGUGCACAACUCCUGCAGCUUCAUUGCUGACCAUAACUUUCUCUUCUGACCAUUAGCAUAACAGCAGCCAUCCAUUUAACUCUGAACCUGCCUGCUCAGCUCCAUUGCUGCUGCCCUGUGACAGGCCUCGGGAGGAAGCUGUGUUUUCCCCCCAUCCCUUUGCUGUGCUGCUGUCUUGCAAAAGCACAGCCAGCUCCCUGCUCCCUUGACCCUCUCUAUGCAACGGGAAGGGAAGAAAGCACCGUAUAGCUCCUUGGCCUUUGUACUGAAAGGUCUUGAUCUAGAGGAGGAGGAAGGGCUGUCCCUAGUUGGCAUGUUAGUGUUGUGCUGCUCUUCCGCAGAAUUUUUGUUUUAAAGCAUGGAGAUUUAAAUUUUGAGCUCAGAAUUGCUGAUGCUUCUGCUGUUUCGGUUUUUGAUUUGUUUGGGGUUUUUACAACUCUUAAAUGGUUAUUUUAUUUUUCUUCUUUCCUCUUCACUGAGAGGGGAGCAUCUAAAAAGCUAUUUUUAAGCUGUAGCACUGCACUGAAUAUUCUGUUCUCUCUCUCUCUUUUUUUUUUUUUUUUUUUUUUUUUUUUUGUUAGUUUUACCCUGAAAGAACAUUGUCUGGGCAUUCCAAAGUGGGGGAGAAAGGAAAGGGAGGGGAGUAGAAGGUCUUUUAAAGGAAAGAUAGUUUAAAACAGCCAUCUUUCUCCUCUCCUACCCAUGCAGACUAUGGUCCUUUCUUCUUUGUGGUCUGACUGAGAAAUCUGUCAGUGGGGUGAAACCUCUGAUGCUCAGAUGGUGUAUAACUUUGUACUGCAGAAAAAGGGGCACAGCUCUUACUUUCUCUGCCUCUGAACUGACGGGCUUCGGCUGGUGUGUAUGUUCUGUAAUGUCAGACCUGUUUUAGAGACUAGCACUUUGUAAGUGGCUGGCUCUAUUGUACAAAGAGGAAAAUUAAAGAGUGGUUUGCACUGAAA